GUCAAAAUCUCAAUAAUUCAUUGGUCCAUUAGAGCUGAGGAUCACGCCAUCGUCUUUUCAUGGCGAAUGAGAAUGAAGCAUGGAUGGUGAGGGAUGGAUGAUUGUGAUUAUAAAUUGAUUGUCAUUUUUCAUUCCUCCAUUCCUCAUUUCACUCUUAAACUUUUUAACCUUAACACUCUAACACUUCCAACACUUCACAUACACUUUUUACAAGUUCUUAACACUAUGUCUUCCAACGGGUUGAGGGAUCUUUCUCGAUCCCCUUCUUUGGAGAUCGGUUCCUCCACUCAUACCGUUUCCUCUAGUGCCACUGAGACUGUGCUCGGCCGAAGGAGCCGCAGCGAGACCGAUGACGAAGAGGCUGAACCUUCGAGGCGUCGUCAGCGUAUUAGCAAGACGACGCAGGAACGCCUUGAGGACACUGUCAGGGCCCUCUGCAAGCGGGUUAAAGAGCAGGAUGAGAGGAUACUGAGUUUGGAAGUUGAUAUAGAACUUUUGAAGAAAUCCAUUCCUUCUCCUACUGUUCGUCGUAGUGAAAUAAAUCUUGCGAUUGUUGAAAUGAAUAUACUUAUCUUAUGCGGGAUGUAUGAUAAAUAUAUGAUAUGAAUAGUAUGAAUAGGUCCUCAUCCCCGCUUAAUAAGGGGUUUGUCUUUCUACGUUAAAAAAAGUGAAAUAUGCCAGGAGAGAACGAAAGAAAGAUGUGUUUAUUAUGAUCCAGGGAUCUUCGUUAAAUAAAAAGGGUAAAAAUCUUAGCUAUAG